ACCAAUCUCGUCAUCUCAUGCAUCAUCAUAAAUCGAAUUCACAAAGUCAUCCAUUUAAAUCUUUUUUGUCUGAUCAGAUCAUACUUUUCCUUCCUGCACAAGAUAUGGCGAACUACAUGUCCCAAGCAGCACAACUAAGAAGAGGUCUAAAGCCUAAAGGGAAGAAUUAUGGGUUGACUAAUCAGAAGAGACGAGAGAUCAGAGAAAUCUUUGAUCUUUUCGAUAUAGACGGUUCAGGUAGCAUCGAUGCUCGCGAGCUCAACGUUGCUAUGAGGUCUCUCGGAUUUGAGAUGAAUAAUGAGCAAAUAAACGAGUUGAUGGCAGAAGUAGAUAAAAACCAAAGUGGAGCCAUAGAUUUCGACGAAUUUGUGUAUAUGAUGACAACAAAAUUCGGUGAACGAGACUCCAUAGACGAAUUGUCUAAGGCGUUUAAGAUCAUUGACUAUGACAAUAAUGGGAAGAUUUCACCUCGUGAUAUAAAGGUGAUGGCUAAAGAAUUGGGAGAAAAUUUCACAGAUAAUGAUAUAGAAGAGAUGAUUGAAGAAGCAGAUCGUGACAAAGAUGGAGAAGUCAAUUUGGAGGAGUUCAUGAAGAUGAUGAGGAGAACUUCUUAUGGCUAACAGUUGGACGAUAUAAGUUAAUCAUUACUUCGACUUAUAUGAUAAUAAGAAAAUGUUUGAUUUGUUGUUUGGUCGUAUAAAAAAUGCAUAGUUGUAUAUAAAUAACAGUGUAAUCAGAUGCAUUAUUGUGAAUACAACAAAAAAAUUGUAUUUAGAUAAACAUGUUUUUAUAUAUGCCA